CUGAAGCAGCGACAAAACACCCUGCCAUACACAAUUAAGCGCAGCCAUGCAUAUCAGCCAGGUAUGUACGGAUCUAUUCAAGGCACGGCCCUAUCCUCCGCCAUCGUCAACCCGAACCGGCUUUCUCUACGAUCGCCGCUUCAUGCUUCUCAAGGUCCUUGAAGAUGGCUCAUUCAAGAACAUGCACAUUCCGCACUUCCCGGAGAUGGCUCUUUUCCGAGCCGAAAUCGUCUACCCCACUGAGGACGGCACAGAGCCAGGACACAUCAUAGUGACCUAUCGGCCAGCCCACAGCCGCACCCUCAAUCUCCCCUUAGCCCCUGACACGCACCCAUUGCAAGAGCUAGCCAUCAUGAUGCAUCAGAGCCCCACGAAGGGUUAUAACAUGGGGCCGCGGUACAAUGAUUGGUUUAGCGAGCGGUUCGGAUACCCCGUUGUGCUGGCCUACCUGGGACCACAUUCGAGGCGGGUUUUGGGGAGUUUUGCGCCCACGAAAAGUGAAAUGUUGCAAAUCUCAAGUGCGGUGGUGGUGAUCAUGUUGUUAGUAGUCAUGCUGGGAGGAACGGCAGUCUCAGAUAAUUGGAUCAAUGCAAGAAGGCAUAAAGAGGAACGCAUCACCUUUGCGGAUACGGCCCCGUAUCUACUGGUGUCAGCGACAUCGGUGGACAACGUGUCGGAGCGGCUGGAAGGGGGCCUGGGAAUAGAUGUCACCAAGUUUCGCCCUAACAUCGUCGUGGCAGGCGCUCAAGAGGCGUUUGAAGAAGAUUUCUGGGCGGAGGCGAUGAUUGGGUCGAACCAGGAAGGAAAAGCGCGGCUUUUGCUGACGGCUAACUGCGUUCGUUGUCAGAGCCUCAAUGUCGACUAUGCGACGGGAGCAAUGGCAGAAGGGGAGAUGGGUAAGGUAUUGAAGAAGUUGAUGAAAGAUCGGAGGGUCGAUAAAGGGGCGAAGUUCAGCCCAGUCUUUGGUCGGUAUGUCUUUCUUGACGACGAGUCGGAGGGACAGCGAGUGCAAAUAGGUGAUGAGGUAGUCGUCACUCGACGGAUAAAGGAACGAAUGGUAUACGACUGGCCUGGGUUAACCAAUUGAAAUCUCUGGUGGUUGGGGCAUGAGAUAUGAGACGGAUAGAACAGCCAUGAGAAUUCAGGACCGUCCGUGUCUCACCGUCGGUUCGGUUCGGUCCCUGAAAAGAACCCAUGGUUUCAAU